AUGGCCUCCUGGCGAGUGUGUGACCUCAGGACGCUGGUGGCCAUUGUGUGUGGGCUGCUGACCACCAUCAUUUUGGGACUGGGCAUCUGGAGGGCCGUGAUCAGGAUCCAGAGAGGACUAUAUGCUCCCCCAUCAAGCAUUCCUACAGGGUUCUGUAGGAAUGGUGGAACCUGGGCAAAUGGCAGGUGUGUUUGUCUGGAAGAGUGGAAAGGAUUGAGAUGUACAAUGGCAAAUUUCUGUGAAAACAGUACCUAUGCCAAUUUUAGUUUUGGCCGAAUUCCAGUGGGAAGAUAUGGCUCUUCCUUUGAAACAUGUGAAAAGAACACUGUAAAUGCGGGCAACCCAAGAGCAACCCGGCUGUGCAACCUUACUGAAGAUGGAGUGAUAAAAUUAGAAAACGCGAUAACAGGAGAUUGCAAUUUAAGUCUGGCAAUUCUGGAAAAGCAGAUAGACAAUGCCACAACAAAUAUUUCAGCUAUUUCUGGAGAAGCCCAGGUUUUAACAGCGGACACCAGUACAUUAACUCCUGAGAAUAUCACUUCUGCUACUAAAGUGGUUGGACAGAUCUUCAACAUGUCCAGAAAGGCUUCAGAUGAGGCAAAAGUAGUUGCUGUAUCAACAGUGAGUCAACUUCUAGCUGCCAGUGAAGAUGUUUUUCAAAAAGCUGCUGCUGAGAAUGAUGAUACCUUUACAACGCUUGUUCAGGAAAUGGAGGCUUAUUCCUUGUCUCUGGGCAAUAAUUCAGUGGUGAGCCCUAAUGUAGCAUUGCAGGCUGUUACUUUGUCUUCAGGAAACACUAUGGAGUCUACAGGUGUUCGCUUCACUGUGCAGAAAGGUUCUAGCAAUUCUCUUGUUUCUGGUUCCACACAGAUAGAUACAAAUGUGGACAGCAUUAGUACAGACGGAAUGACUGAACUUCAGAUCUGGCUCAAAGCCUCAAAAACUAAUACCAACUCAUGCAGCUUUAUAGUGUAUCAAAACAACAAGCUCUUCCAAUCAAAAACUUUUACAACUAAAUUAAACUUUACUCAAAAAGUUAUCUCGGGCAAAACUAAUACAAAUGGAGAUGAUCAGAGUGCUUCUGUUGAAAUGGCCUUCCGUCCACAGUACAACCCAAAAGAAUUCAAACUCCAUUCCUAUGCCUGUGUCUUUUGGAAUUUUUCAAAGAAGGAUUGGGACACAAAUGGCUGUUUCAAAGUUGGGGAGGCUGGUGAAUUCAUACGUUGCCACUGCAACCACACUACUAAUUUUGCUGUAUUAAUGAGCUUCAGAAAAAACUAUAAAUAUCCUGAAUCACUGGAUAUAUUAUCCACCAUUGGAUGUGCACUGUCCAUCACUGGUCUGGCUCUCACAAUUAUAUUUCAGAUUGUCACCAGGAGAGUGAGAAAAACCUCAGUAACCUGGGUGUUGGUCAGUCUGUGCACAUCAAUGUUGAUUUUCAACCUCCUGUUUGUGUUUGGAAUUGAAAACUCCAAUAAGAACUUAAGUACAAAUGAUGCCAAAAAUACUGGUUCUAAUAGUAAUGAAAAGCCCAAAAGAGACACUGAGGACCCUGUGAAUCCUACGUGCACGGCGAUUGCUGCAUUGCUUCAUUACUUUCUGCUAGUGACAUUUACCUGGAGUGGACUCAGUGCCGCACAGCUCUAUUACCUUCUAAUUAGGACCAUGAAGCCUCUUCCUCAACGUUUCAUUCUUUUCAUCUCCUUAAUUGGGUGGGGAGUCCCGGCUGUUGUGGUGGCUAUGACAAUGGGAAUCAUUUUUUCUCAGAAUCCUUCAGAGUGGGAGUUAAAAUACCGGCAAGAAAAAAUCUGCUGGCUGGCAGUUUUGGAUGGCAAAGAUUUUAUAAGAAGUCCAUUGUUGUGGUCACUCAUUCUACCUGUGACCAUUAUCCUCAUCAUCAAUGUUGUUAUAUUUAUUGUCAUUUUAGUCAAAGUGCUGUGGAAGAAUAACCAGAAUCUGACAAGCACAAAAAAGGUUUCAUCGCUAAAGAAGAUUCUUAGCACAUUAUCUAUUGCAGUUGUUUUUGGAGUCACCUGGAUUCUGGCAUACUUGAUGCUAACUGAUAAUCAAGAUAUCAGGAUCAUCUUCAGCUACAUAUUCUGUCUUUUCAACACUACUCAGGGACUGCAAAUUUUUAUCCUCUACACUGUCAGAACAACAAUCUUCCAGAAAGAAGCUUCCAAAGUGUUGAAGUCGUUGUCGUCAUCCGUUGGGGGAGUGAAGUUGCUGCCAGGGGCACCCUCACUGAGGCUGCGAACGAGGAUGUAUAACAUGCUCAAGUCCUGGCCAGCACUGAAUGAACACUUCCGGCUGCUGGAGCCGUCCGUGGUUACGGAGGAAACGACACUCUCUGAGAGUGACCAAGCAAGCACAAGCAUUUAG